ACUCAAGAGCUAUUGCCACUCACCUCUGCUCAGUGCAACCUUCUGACAUCAGUCAACCCAGGGGGCUCCAGUCUCUACCAAGGGUUGACAGAGCCGUUCAAAACUAAUCCAAACGUAAAGAUUGAUCUUCUCCUAGCUGAAAUGGCUGUUCGGUUCACUGGCCAGAGGGAUACAGUGGAAAGUGCACAUUGGCACUUCAGGUCUCAACUACAGAGACACAUCCCCAUUGAAUUGGAAUGUGCCCAAGCCAUGGUUGAGAUAUACCCCGACCUCCCAGCCCAAAUGACGCAGAAGUACGGAGUUCUCCUGGAAGGCUUCAGUGAAGAGGCCAGUGUACUGAAGUUGAGUGGUCCCCAGAGUGGGGUGGACGAGGGACGUCGCAUGAUUGACAACGUCAUUGCCAGCUUCCAAAAGUCCGUUGAAUGCAUUCAGUUCCCCUACGAAAAGUAUCAGGCAUCACUGCGAAAGAGAAUAAAAAGUGAAGGGAUUUCAGUCUGGAUCUUGCCAUCACCUGGGUCUCCCCAUGAGGUUAUAAUCUACUCGUUUUCUUCCGAAAUUCGGGAAAAAGCUCUCAAAAUUGUUCGUUCAAAGCCCAACAUGAGAUGUAUCCCCUUUAAUGUCAGCUGCUCCUCCAAUGAAAUUCCUCUUGAAGAAGUUGAGGUUGAGUUUGCGGUUUCCAUC